GGCGACUUAUCGAUUUCACUGGAAUGGCUUCUUCUAAAAUCGAUUGAUGAUUCGAACUUGCCUUUAUAUGGUCAAGGGGACUUCCGUUUCAUGCGAAAAGUCAAAGUAUAUUAUUCCUCAAUGGCUGCGAAGGGUCUUUCUCACUUCUUUCAAAAGGACAAGACCUUUCGUCCGAAAAGGAAGUUGGAAGAAGGAACAUUACGUUACGAACUACACAAGCAGUCCAAGGCCUCACUUCAUUCCGGCAUCAAUCUGAAAGCAUGCGUGAAACUCCCAGCUGACGAGGAUCUCAAUGACUGGGUGGCCGUGCACAUUGUGGAUUUCUUUAACCGCAUUAACUUGAUAUAUGGUGCAAUUGCUGAAGUCUGCACAGAGGAGAGCUGUCCCACCAUGUCUGGAGGAAAGAGGUACGAGUAUCACUGGUGUGAUGGAGACAGAUACAAGAAACCAACAUCAGUUCCUGCACAAGAGGUAUGGAAUUAUCAAAACUUAUUAUCCAUGAUUGUAUCCUUUUCAGAUGUUCCCUUUCCCAAAACAUUUCUUCCCACUGCCAAGAAGAUCUUAACAAGACUUUUCAGAGUGUUUGUUCAUGUUUACAUCCAUCACUUUGACAAAAUACAAUCUCUAGGAGCUGAAGCACACGUGAACCAGUGUUACAAGCAUUUCUAUUACUUUGUCACUGAGCUUAACCUUGUUGAGAGGAAAGAGCUUGAGCCCCUUAAAACAAUGACCCAGAAGCUGUGUUGUUGACAGCAGGACUGAUAUUUGUGAUUUCAAUGGUAGUUUGUUUGUAAAUACAUGUAGAAUGAUCACUCUUUUCCAGUUGUAGCAGUAAUUUUGUCUUGCUUGAAAUAUUUAAUGAAUUUCGCUCUUAUUGUAAAGAUGACUUCUUUAUAUGCAUGCAUAUUUUCAUAUAUAAUCUAUUAUCAAUUGAUAAAUUUAUACAGUUUUGGUAGUUGUUUAUAAGGAACAAAGAAUUAUUGAAAAAAAAAAACCUAACAAACCAUAAAGAAAUAGCUUUCGUUUAAAAAUGUCUAAGCACAAAUGGUGAGAGUUUUGUUACCAUUUCAAUGUUUUUAUAAAAGAGAAUUUUGUCAUGAUUUUUCAAAUUGUGGCUGAACUGCCAAUGGAACCUUGUCAAUGGUAGUUUAAAUGAAUAGAACUUCUCUCCAUUUCUAUUUAAGGAAGCUCACGUUAUUGUUGUAGAUUUAAUUAUAGAAACACUCCAUGAUUGAAAAAUAAAUGGGAACGGUUUUCAAACUGGA